UCAGUCAACACGGUGCUGUGGCCUGUACUGUGAAAUAGGAUGAAGCCGACACCAUCAAUGAUGGCUGCUCUACGUUUUAUCCGGAUGUUUCUCUUGUCAGGCUCACUGUGCGUUCACACUGUCAGAGGAGGGCCUAUCGGUACCUCUGUGGUUAACUGUGCAGCAGGGUCAGAACUGUUCCUGGGACCUGUGAAUGAAAAUUAUGAAGGGGAAGUUGAAGUCCUCAGUGGGAUUCCCACGGAUAAUACUGUUAAGCUUGAGGAUAACAUCUUUCCAGGACACAUCAACUUCCUCGAGUUAGUAUAUAGCCCCGGGAGCACAAAUGCCACAGUCCAAACCAAGAUGGCACUGGAUACAGAUAUAUUUACAAAGACUGGAGGGGAACUUUGGUAUUCUGUUGUCUGUGAGACUGGCCAGAUGGCCAACAAACGAAAACUUAUUCUCAAUGACUUAAAUGACAACGCGCCAGUAUUUGAGCAAAAAGUUUACUCAAAGGAAAUAUCUGAGAUACAGUCGGUGGAUACUACUGUGAUCCAGGUUAAAGCCGUUGAUGCAGAUAUCACCGUAACCCAUAACCGAUUGACAUACAGCGUUUUGGCCCCAGCACCAGCUGAAUUUGAGAUCCGCGGCGAUGGGUCUAUAAUCCUGAAGAGACCUUUAAACUACAACUUCGCCCAAAACUAUAACUUCACUGUAGAGGCGCGGGAUAAUGGUGGCCUCUUCGACACAGCAAAUGUUCUCCUGGAAAUUACCGACUUUGAUAAUCUGAGUCCCUAUUUCAGUCACAGCCUUUACCAGGCUACCAUCCAGGAGAACCACCAAGGGCCUUUCCAAAGCAUCCAACCAGAGGCCAUCCAUGCCCAAGAUGGAGACACUGGCAUCAAUGUGGCCAUAGUUUAUACAAUCAGAUCAGUAUCGCCAAGCAAGUAUUUGAGUAACUUUAACAUUGACGCCAACACUGGGGUCAUCUCUGUGGUGAAUGGGCUGGACAGAGAGGAAAUACCAUCCGUCACUGUCAGUAUCAAGGCAUCCCAACAGGAUGACAGCCAAAAGACUGCUGAUGCCUCUGUGUCUGUUAGCAUAGAGGAUGUGAAUGAUAAUGCACCAGAAUUCAACAAAGCCAGCUACUCUGUGGAAUUAUUGGAGAACUCGCCAAAAGACACUGUUAUUUUCAGAGCGACAGUCACUGACCCGGAUGAGGGUGGAUUUGUGGGAACAUUCCGGAUCAUUCCGGACACGUCACCUUUCUCUAUAAGUUCGGAUGGGACUGUCACAGUGAAGACCUCCGCUGACCUUGACAGAGAGACUGUUGGAAGCUUCGCAUUUCAGAUUGAAGCGCGGGAAAACAACUUGCCCAACCACAAUGUUACCGCAGAUGUGAACAUCACCCUCCUUGAUGAGAAUGACAACCGUCCUCUCUUUGGAAGCCACAAGUACGAGGGCAAGGUUUUCAAGAACCAAACCCUGGGGAUGUACAUUACCCAGGUUGAAGCUGCAGACGCGGAUGCCGGUUUGAACGGGCAGGUCAAAUACUCAAUAGAGUUUGGAAACCUGGAAGGGUAUUUCACCAUUGAUGAAAACACGGGAGAGAUCAAACUGAACAAAACUGUUCCUCUGGAGGAAAACCGGAUCCGGUUCUCUCUGUAUGUAACCGCAAAAGAUGGGGGUCGCCUGUCUCAAUCAUCUUCAGUGCCAGUGGAGAUCCUGGCACCUGGAGAUUCCAAACCCCAGUUCCUGCUGAACACCUAUCAGGGCAGCAUAGAGGAAGAGAAGCAACCAGGGGUAACAAUCGUUAAGGUGACCUUCCUGGCAGCAGUUCCAGUGACUCCUGUAACACUUCAGGUUUUGACUGACGCUGACAAGUUCGCCAUAGACUCCAAAGGCAUUUUCACCUCCAAGAUCAAACUGGACUAUGAGACCCAAAGCAACUACUCAGUCCGGAUUUCUAUCUCGGACAGCACCAGCAGCGAUGAGGCAACUGUCGCGAUCCAAGUGGUCGACAUCAACGACAACAGCCCUGUGUUUGCCGCCAGCUCCUUAACACACCCAGUCCCUGAAGAUACAGCGGUAGGGGCCAACAUCACAGCCGUGAGUGCCACGGACGCAGACGACGGCUUCAAUGGAGAACUCCGCUAUGCCCUCCAGGGAGGCGAGGGGCAGUUCGCUAUCGACCCCAGGACAGGGAUGGUGCUCCUGGCUGGGCGACUGGACAGAGAGACCAAAGCCGAGUUCCUCCUGGAGGUGGUUGCUCAGGACCAGGGUCGUCCGGCCCGCUCAGCCACCGCCACGCUGACCAUUCAGGUAUCUGACGUCAACGACAAUGCGCCGGUUUUCUCCGAAACGGAAUACGUGGUUGAGGUCUUAGAAACGGAGUCGCUGGGUAAAACACUGAUCACGCUGGCAGCGGUGGACCCAGACCAAGGCACAAACGGUGCAGUGACUUUUAGCAUAACUCACCAAGACCCCCCCUCAAUCCCGGCCGCGUUCGAGUUGAACUCUUCCACCGGAGCGCUCAGUCUCGCUCAGGUCUUGGACUAUGGAUCAGUGAAGGUGUACCAGCUAAUGGUGCAGGCUGCAGAUGGGGGGAGCCCAUCUCUGUUUGGAAACGGCUCGGUGCUGGUGAGGGUGAAAGACGUUAACAACAACCCGCCCCAGUUCAGCAUGGAGUGUUACGACAUCUCUGUCUCUGAAAACCUGGCAAGCGGAGCAACAAUUGAGACCCUGAACGUCACGGACAAAGAUGAGGGUGGAUUCUCCAACGGUUACUUCAUUUUUACCAGUGACACCUUCAACAUAAACCGUCAAGGUGAAGUUUCCCUGAAGAAUGAUGUCACCUUAGAUAGAGAGACAAAAGAUAACUACAUUUUACAGGUGGUGGCGGUAGACCAACCCACUGACGGCCUGAAUGCUACAGCCUGGCUCAACAUCACCGUUCAGGACUAUAAUGACAACACCCCACAGUUCCCUCCUCUUCCAGACCCCAUCCCCUUUCCUGAGGGGGAUUACUCCGACAAGUCCCCAAAAGAGGUGCUCCUUAUCCAAGCCAAAGACUCAGAUCUCGGCCCCAAUGGAGAGGUCACCAUGUCCAUCUCCUCAUCCACCAAGCUCUUCCGCUUCAGGGAGGACGGGAUGCUGCUGGUUGUGGGUCCUCUGGAUCGGGAGACCAAGGACGUCUAUGAGCUGGUCAUUGUGGCCUCUGACAACGGGACACCCCAGAGACAGAACAUCACCAGCAUACAAGUGAGCGUGACGGAUGAGAAUGACAAUGCCCCAGUGUUCAGUGCGGACACAUACUCUAAGAGCAUCUUGGUGAAGAACGCCAAGGUGGGGGAUGUGCUGAUGACCCUCUUUGCUACAGACCGUGACAUGGGCUUGAAUGCACUCAUCACGUACAGUUUCUCCCCAGACAGUUCCCCUCUCUUGGCCCUGAACGGCAGUACAGGUGAAGUGACCGUGGCCUCUGACCUGUCUGGUGUCACAGAGGACACUACGAUUCAACUCACAGCAAUGGCAAAGGACAGUGGACACUUUCCUCUGAACUCAACAGCCAAAGUCCAGGUGUUCCUGAAAACUGUCAGUCUGGAAGAGGGUGUGGCCUUUGAGAGCUCCUCCUACAACUUCAGUAUUCCGGAGAAUGAACCGCAGGGGAGGGGCGUGGGGACAGUGAAGGCAACGUCAGGGAACCCCCUGUUCACGAUCACUUACGUCCUGAGCACGCACACCGACCUGUUCUCCAUCGAUGACCUUGGAGCGCUGACUGCCAAAAAGCCACUAGACCGGGAAACCGAGGAGUGGUACAUCCUGGAGGUGAAGGCAGUGGACUCCAGGGAUCCCCCUACUUCUGCCGUCACAAUGGUCAGGGUGCGUGUGGAAGAUGUGAAUGAGGCUCCAGAGUUUAAGGAAGAGACCUACAAAACCAAGAUCUUCAGCGUUGCCCCAUACAAAUACCCUGUGGUCCAAGUUCAGGCAACAGAUCUUGACAUCGGGGAAAGGGGACGCCUGGAGUACAGCCUGUCUGAGCACAGCCUGUCUUUUGGUGUGGACCGCUCAACAGGUCAAGUGUACGUGGUGUCAGCGGUAGGAUUAGAGGGACAGAUAACCGCCCUGCUGGUGAAGGCCACAGAUCCUGAAGGACUCCAUGCAACAACCAGAGUGGAAGUGGACGUACAGGGAAGUGUCAGCAGUGAUGUUGUGGUCAUCUCCCUCAACCGGCCCACCUAUGAUGUGGCGACAAAGGUCCCUGAGAUGGAAGAGUCUUUAGGGCACUCUCUGGACUGGACUGUGAAUGUCAUUGGGGUUUCUAGCAGCAGUGGAGCAGCUUUUGCAUCCCUGAGAACUCAGAAUGCCCCCAAGACGUAUGUCAGCUUCAUUGCCACAGACGUUGGUGUAGUCAUACCUGCCAAGGACGUGAGAAACAAGUUGUGGAGUGAGGCGAACAAGGUUGAGGUGGAGCUUGAAAAAGUGUUUGGGGCGGGGGUUGAACUUAUGGUGGAGGAGGAGUCAGCCGACCCAAACACUGACCAGGUGGUCGUAAUCGCCCUGGGUGUCCUGUUCGGCCUGAGCCUGUUAGGAUUGAUUGCGAUGGUGACAUUUACCAUUAUCAAGUUCAGAAGGAUGAAACGAUUCAACGGAGACCCUUAUAAGGAAAGCUUUGACAUCGACAGGAAUAGUGAAGCAUACAAAAAUGAUGAUGUGUGGGUAAAAGGACCUGAACGGGGGGGAAGGUCAUCCAGGAAGAUGAAGACCUCACAGGAGGCAGAGCCAGAAUUUGACAGAGACAAGAGAGAUAACGACAGUGACAACAGCCGCAGUUCUGCUUUGUAAAUCCACACACACAAUGUUUGCAAAAGAGGACCCAACAUUUGGACUUAUUAGUUUCCUGUAAUGUCAAGUAUUUAAUGUCUCUGUAGUGAACAAAACUGAAGCAUAGAUUGCUGUUAUACCCUGGUUUAUUUACCGCUUAAAGGAAAAAAGAAAAUCAUAUUUUGUAAUUAGAAUGUAUUUAACAGGCAGCACUUGAAGAGAAUUCUGACAUUACAUACAGUACAGGCCAAAAUUUGGACACCUUCUCAUUCAAUGCGUUUUCUUCAUAUCUACAUUGUAGAUUC